GCAAGUCAAAGAGAGAGGCACGGGCACAGACAAAUGACGGGGGGAAACGGGGCACAGACGCAAGGACAGAAGCAUGGAGGAUAUUAGGCGGGAGAGGCAGCUGGGGAAACUGUUGAAACGAGGAUAGAUGAGAAGAGGGAGCAGGGAUAAUGAAGAGGUGGUUACACCAUCUGCUGCCAAAGAGAAAGAGCAUGUCAGCCAUUCAGAUGAGAGCGAGGCAGAGCCAGCCAGCGAUCUGCAGUGAGAUACACACAACCCCUCCUGAAUGCAAAACAAAUCACGCACCUUGUUCCCAUCUCGUCAGUGAAGCAGCAAAACAGGAAACAAUGUUCGGCAAAGAUCACAUAUAACAACAGCUGCCGCGUCUACGUGACUCAAGCUCGUCUUCAACUUGACUUGUCCUUGUCCCCGAGGGCAUUCUUCGUCUUCUUCUUCUUCCUUCCUCCUUGGUGCUGAGACACAGGAACUGGACCCACUCUGCGUUCAGACUGACGUUAUUACUCGUGAAUUCUUCCAAGACUGAAUCUUCCUCAUUCGCCCAGACAGCCACUAUGAGGAGUCUGCAGCUGAAGGAGAGGAGAGUUUCCACGAGGAGGUACUGGAUUUGAGCCACACAUUUCUGCCGAGUCCCACCGCACCAGUAUUUGACCGAAGCUGCAUCCCUGCGUGGACUAAGAACCGCGGUUACCCGUCUUCAUUUCUGCAUUUCUUGAGAGCGCUGUGACGCCAGCCAUGCACACGCCAGCCUCCAUGGUGAUGGGGAUCGUCUUUGCCCCCUUGGGACUGGUCCUCGUUUUCACUGCUGCCAUCACCCCUCAGUGGCGAGAGGGGCAGGCACGUCUGAACAUGGCGGGCCCGGGGGCUCUCUUCCGGUCUGGGGCGAAAGGUCAAGGCAUCGGGUUCAAGUCUGGGUCGGUGGAGGCGCUGCUCUUGCUGCGCUCUGACGGACUGUGGGAGAGCUGCCUGCAGGUGGAGCACUCUGAGCUGAAGCAGUGCUGGCCUGUGUCUGGUCCGUACCAGAGGGACCCGAGGGUCCGCCUGGCGCAGGGCCUGGUGCUCACCUCCUUGUUCCUGUGCGGCACCGGCAUCGUUCUGGCUUGCAUCGGGGUCCGAUGCUGGACCGACUUGCCUCUGAGAGGGGUGGCAGCCUCAGGGGGGCUCCUGGUGGUGAUGGCGGGGCUGCUGAGCCUGACUGCGUUAGGGGUGUACACCCACAACCUCAGAAGACUUGGGAUGGGUCCGAGCCAAGGGAUCAGCAACCCGCGGUUCCCUCACCUCAGCUUGCACCCCGCUGGCUCGCUCUACUUCGGGUGGCUGGGUUCGUGUUUACAGGUGCUGGGAGGCAGCGCUUUGCUGUUCAGCUUCAAACGCCCGAAAUGCCCAACCUGCCCAUCCCGCCCGGAGCUGCCCGCCUGCCCCGCGUGCCGCUCGUGUCCGGAAAUUACCAACAGGACAGACAUGGAUGUUUACGAAGUCAGCUGUUAGGAUUUUAGGAAAACGCCUGUAACAUCGACUUCUGUCUUAUCAGCAAAACAAAUCAGCCAAGGAGUAAGAUAAGAAGUUACUGAUUCAAUUCAUAAGCGCACCACUCUGCUUCUACUGAUCAAUACACUCUUUAAUGCAGGUGUGAGCCUGACGGAUGUAGCGCCCUCUCGACAGAGGUGUAAAUAUCAAGUGAUGAAUGUUACAGCAGAAAAAGAUUCAAGUUCCCGCUGCCUUCAGCUGCAACAUGUAGUGACACACGGCUCAAAUGUUGCCUUGUUCACAUUGUGGUCAUUUGUACUGUUGCCGGAGCCUAUACCACCUGUCAAUAAAAAAAAUUUGUGGGCCUGAACAAAACUGUGAUAUGUAAAAAAAAUAAUUGUGAUACAUUUUGUAGAGAGUAGAGGAGUUCCCUAAGUGAUGUUAGCUUUGAAUCAUCUUAGAUCCCUCUCUGAAAGAACAAAAAAAAUCUGCUUUUAAUAUUUGUAGGAUUCAGUCACAGUAAAAUUGUGAAAAAGGACCGUUUUUGAUGUCAGAUCGAUGUGAACCUGUUGCAUAAUUGACCAAUUUCUUAGCUAGUCUGUCUUUUGUAUGAUGCCGUCAUGAAGGAGCCUUUAGUCUCGAUGUGACAUUAUUGACUUGGAGCAGUGAGUAGGAGGAUGUACAACGAGGUGUUUGUCUGUUCCCUGUAAAUCAUUUGUUGGUGUUAAGUUAGUUUAGUGCGUACAUACUCGUGAUGCAUUCUGCAUUGAAUAAAACGUUUCAAGGAUA